AAUCGUGAAUACAAAUUAAAGUUAUUUUUUUUAACGUAUAUUUUAAUUUUUUUUUUGGUUAUUUUUUCAAAUUGUUAGAUUGUGAUCUGUGGAAUGUGGAAAAAAGUUGAAAUUUCUUCCUUUAAAUAAAGCACAAGUGUACUAAAUAUACAGAAGCCACUUUUUAUUUUUUUGGUUGGUUGCAGAAACAGUGGGCAUUAAGUGUUGCUAUUAGUUUCUUGCUUUUGUCCAUGCAACAUGGAGAUUUUGUUUCCAUUAUUUAUGUUGUUAUUGUUGACAAUGAAUUGGAUAGUAGUUCUAAUUUGUUGUGAAGGAGGUGAUAGUGGUUAUUCCUCUGCUGUCGGAGAUCCGGGAAUGAGAAGAGAUGGACUCAGAGUAGGUUUAGAAGCUUGGAACUUCUGUAAUGAAGUUGGUGAAGAAGUUACUGGAAUGGGUAGCCCUAGAGCUGCUGAUUGCUUUGAUCUUUCUGAGAGUUCAUUGAGUCACAAGGUAACUGAGUCUGAUAAUAAGCUAGGUGUUGGGAAGUCAUUUCCGGGGUUGAGUCUUAAGGCUAAGAAUGAUCCUGAUUUGUAUGCUGCUGAGAAGGAAUUAUAUCUAGGUUCAUUGUGUGAAGUUGAUGAUACCCCAAGGCCAUGGCAAUUUUGGAUGAUAAUGUUGAAGAACGGAAACUAUGACUCGAAAUCUGGUCUUUGUCCAGAGAAUGGGAAAAGAGUUCCCCCUUUUAAGCCGGGAAGAUUUCCGUGUUUUGGCAAGGGAUGUAUGAAUCAGCCUAUACUGUUUCAUCAGCCUACUUAUUUAUCUGAUGAUGAAACUAUGAUGGGAGGUUUUAAUGGUACUUAUGAUUUGGGUUCUACAGCUGGUAGUAGUAGUAGUAGUUCUUUUUUUGAGGUAGUUUGGGAGAAGAAAGUUGGCAAAGGGGGUUGGGUAUUUAAGCACAAACUCAGAACAUCCAAAUUGUAUCCAUGGCUGAUGUUGUAUCUUCGGGCUGAUGCGACUAAAGGGUUCUCUGGAGGCUACCACUAUGAUACCAGAGGAAUGUUAAAAAUUCUGCCAGAGUCACCUAAUUUUAAGGUCAAAUUGACCUUGGAUGUCAAGGUAGGCGGAGGACCCAAGAGUCAGUUUUACUUGAUAGAUAUUGGCAGUUGCUGGAAGAACAAUGGUGAUCCAUGUGAUGGAGAUGUUCUCACUGAUGUUACCAGAUACAGCGAAAUGAUCAUUAAUCCAGAAACUGCAGCUUGGUGCAGCCCCACAAAUAUCGGCAACUGCCCACCUUUCCACAUCAUACCAAACAAUACCAAAAUCUACAGGAAUAACACCUCUCACUUCCCUUACUCAGCUUAUCACUAUUAUUGUGCGCCUGGGAAUGCCGAGCAUUUGGAAAAGCCAUAUAGCACAUGUGAUCCUUACAGUAAUCCCCAGGCACAGGAGCUACUUCAGUUGCUGCCUCAUCCAAUAUGGGCAGACUAUGGAUAUCCAACCAAACAAGGAGAUGGCUGGGUUGGGGAUGGAAGAACCUGGGAGCUUGACGUCGGUGGCCUUUCUAGCAGACUUUACUUCUAUCAAGAUCCAGGUACACAUCCUGCUAGAAGAAUAUGGACAUCUCUGGAUGUGGGAACAGAAAUUUUUGUUAGCGACAAAGAUGAAGUGGCAGAAUGGACUCUGAGUGAUUUUGAUGUUCUACUUACCUCGUAAAACCGAAAUUAUGUUACCAUUCCAUUCAACAUUGUAACUGUAGCCAAAUUAUGUUACACCAAGUAACUGUAAUAUUGUAACUGUAGCCAAAUUAUGUUACACCAAGCAACUGUAAUAUUGUAACAAGGAUUUGUCAUUCUUGAUGUGCAAAGCUUCAUCUUUCUAUACUAGAUCUGCAUCUGACAGGGCAACUCUUGUUUCUUUA